AUGGGUCAAAGUCUGCUCCCCAGUGGCAGAGCCAGUAGGAUCACAGUGUUUUGUCCCUCACUGUCUCGCUCUUCUCCCUCUGUUAACAACACCUCGCCUGAGGACUGCUUCCUCUGCUUGGAUUGUCACCAGCUUACCACCAUGCUGUUCCGGACUGUGCUUCUGCUCACCUUAUGCGUGUCCACAGGCAUGAGUGCCACUUUAGGCUUCUACCUGGCUCAAGCAAAGGAGAAGGAAGCUCCAUCUGUGGAGACCGUCACUCAUGGGAUUGUGGAAGCUGCCCCUGUAAGCACAGCUGAAGAACAUGUUGUUCCUGCAGAUCCAAAAGAAGAUGAUCCACCUGGGGAUGAGGAACAUGUCGCUCUUUCAGAUCCAAAAGAAGAUGAUCCACCUGCUGAGGAGGUACAUGUCGCUCCUGCAAAUCCCCAAGCAGAUGAUCCACCUGCGAAUGAGGAAGAUGUAGCUCUGGCAGAUCCCAAAGAAGAGGAUCCAUUUGCAGCUGAGGAACCUGAAGCAAAUACCAUCGUUGGGGACAAUCGAGUGGCUGAUAUACUUGAAGUGGACAACGUAGCAGCUGGUGAACCAGAAGUGGAUGUGCCUGUAGCAGAAGAGCCAGAGACACGCAGUGAUGACGCUGCUCUGGAAGAUCUUACUGAAGCUGAAGCAGUCACCCAGGAGCAACAUGAGGAAGAGGAGGACAACGACAUCAAACCAGUCCAGACAGAGCAGUCCCAGGACGAGCUCGAAGCAGCAGAAGAAGAAAAAGAAGAAGAUAACAGCUGGAGCUUCUACUCAAUUAGAAAUAGAUUCCAGUCUAUGAACGGAUACUACAACUCCCUGGUGGAGCUUGUGGGGGGACGCGAUGGUGUGUGUCAGUACCGCUGCAAAUAUGGAGAAAUUCCUCAACCUCGUCCCGGCUACCAGCUCCCAGAGCCCAACGGCUGCAGCUCCUCUCUGGUUGGAUUCCAGGUGAAUGACGCAGUAGGUGGCCUGUUUAUAGCACCAACAGCCCAAACAUACAUCAUUUAA